AUGGAGGUGCUUCGCGGCUGGCGACUUCUACAAGCUGCGGGAUUGACCGCAGAAGAGAAGCGUGACAUCCUUUCCACCACCAAGAACUCCCUAGACUACGAGACCAUUGCCUCAGCUCUUCAGAAUUUGUGGGAUGAGCAACUCCUUGGGCAUCGACGUGGAAAUGGCAACACCUUCCAGAACUUUGCGGCUUCAGUUGAUGAAGGUGAUUGGUUCGAUCCUGAAUCGUCGGACGCUUGGCAUGAUGGCUGGGACGAUUGGUCUUCCUCGUACUAUGCCGGACAGUGGGGUGAUGAUGAGUGGGGCCAUGAUUGGUGGGAAGAAGUCCAGCUGGUGAUGACCCGGCUCUUCGUGAGGCUCAACAAGCUGAGCGUAAAUUGCUUCGACGUCUACGUCCUCCUCUACUCCCUCAAGAGGUAUGCUGGAUUGUGGAGCGACCGCUUCGGCAGCACCUGA